AUGACAUCAGGACCAUAUUUUUCACCGACGGGACGACCAGUAUCACGGCAGAAUACUGAGAGGGAACGUGUAAAAAAUGUUUUGCAGGAGAGUUUCCAGAGAGCAUUAGGAGUGAAAAGUUGUGCCGAUCUAUGUAAUAUUACGCGACGUCUCAAACAAUUGUAUAUCAAUGCAUUAAAUGUACCAGGAGGUAUUGAACGUUAUUUGGCGGCUUUACGUUUUGCACUGGAACUUACUUGUGAGAAAAAUAAUGAGAAAGAAGGGCGUAUUAAUUGUCUAAAGAUGUCUGCUCAUGUUGCACUGGCACUGUCGCAAGAAGGCAUGCAUGAACCGCUUCAGCUGUUGGUUGAUUUUUGUGUAGAUAUGAACGAUUUGUGCAUAACUGUUACUAGGAGUUAUGUAUGUGCACUGGCUGGUUUAUUAUUAAAUUUAAAUAAGCUUAUCUCAAAUCGAUUGCGCGAGCAAGAUCCGCGGAAAGCGGACUGCUCACCUUUGUCAAAAGAAUUGAGCAAAACAUUAUUUGCUAUACUUUCAAAGCGUCUUUUAGAUGUCAAUCCUUUGGUUCGUUCUGAAGCUUUGAAAGCAAUAGCAACGUUACAGGAUGAGCAGUCAAAAAUCGAUAAUUACCAAACAAAUUCUCCGAAACGCCUAUUGAUUUCUCAUUUGAGUGAUGUAUCGUAUGAAUGUCGAAUUGUUGCGCUGAAGAAAUUAUUACUGUCCUCGAAGGAGGAAGUCGAUCUUGUGGUAAACAUGGCAUUGAGUGAUCCCGAAGAACGAGUAAGGCGAGCAGCGACAGUUCGAAUUAUCAAGGAUGUCGAUUUGAAAGCCUUAUCUAUCAAACAACGUAUGGAUUUAGUGCAAAGCGUUAUGAAUAUAACUGCUCGAGGCCAAAACCAUACUGUGAUUUUAAAUGACUUACUCAGAGAAUGGCUUAAAACAGCUUGUGGGAUAGAAGCACUGCCGGGCAGUAUUGAAGAGCUUUCUUCAUUUUACUGCAUUGCAACGUCUCAUUUAUUGCGUUUUCUGGAACCAUUAACUCAGGAACAGAUAAGUCAUAACUUGAUGCUCCAUUCACUUCAAUACUGCCGUGAAAAAAUGGGAUUUGGUUCAAUCGAGGUUCAGGAUUUUGUGAAAGCAUUAAAUCGAAACGCGGAAGACAUAUCUCUUCAUCGACAUAAUUGCAAUAAAUUGAUCGAAGAGGGUUGGACAGCACUUGAACAAGCAAAUGCUGUAUUUUACUGGCGUUGCUUGUUGGAUUUCUGUAAGUCAAGGUGCGUGACGGAAGCAGACUGGUCAGAAUGCCAUUAUCGCUUGCUACCAACUAUGCGGACAUUUUGUGAACUUAUACAUAACUAUAUAACAACUGUGUUGUCCAGUGAUGAAACAGAAGCGCUUUUUACCUUGAAGAACUUUACUGUAAUGCAGUUGCUGAAAAUAAUAUCGCUUUUUGAUCAGGGAGAUCCGUCUGGAUGGAAAACAUGGCAUACUUUAUGCGAAAACGUUUUGAGUAAUAUGCAGCUCAAACUGACUGAAGCUCUCGUCAAUGAACUUGUUCAACAGAUGUACACACAUCUUUGGCCACUUUCUGAGCAGAACGAUGAAGCUCUUUCAAACCUAUGUGAUCUAACAAGUUCUAUCGUACAUAAAGCUCUUUUUCCUAAUGCAACGAUGAUGGCUGCAAAUCAAACGAUUGCAAUUGGAGGAAAUGAAACAGCUGCUGAAUUCGAAAAUGGAGAGAUUGACGACGAUUCUAUAUGUCGGUGUAUUAUGAUUGUGAGUGCAAUGUUGAAAACGAAUCGUUACAAAAGGAUGAAUGCUUUGCUGCAUGGAGUUCUGGAAAAUAUUAUUGAACGAAGUAUGGUAGUAGCUGAUAUCAAUUGUCGAAUUCUUGCAUUUGAAGCGAUGGGUAUUUUGGCUAUGUAUGAUCGUCGUGUUGCAUUUGAAAAAACAAUUUUGAUCAAAGAAACCCUUAAAAUCGAUCAGCGCUUAAGACCAACAAUGCUUAACAUCUUGUGCAACAUGGCGUUGCUGCAUGGCUAUCCUAUGGUUUCACGUUGGUUCGAUGCUGGAUUAGAUACAACAACUCCGAAUGAUGAACUUUUACAUGUUUUUGCCGAAUAUAUUGAUAGCCUGGAUCCAGAUACGAGUUUUGCAGCUUGUGAAUGUCUAUGUAAAAUGUUUCUAAAGGAGGCAAAUGUUGCAUGGGCUGGUGUUCUGAGUCGUUUGUUGCUCAAGGCAUUUGAUCCAGCAACGAACAACAUUCCCAAAUUGAAGGCGUGUUUGGUUACAUUCAUACCAGUAUUUGCUGAAUGGAGCAGGGAGCAUCAAAUGCUGUUGGUUGAAGCAUUUCCAGGAACUUUCGAUACAUUGCGUAGUGAUGAGCAAUUCGUCGGUUCACUUUCACGCAUAAAUGUUGCAGCAGUUGGAUCAUGCUUUGUGCAUGCAACAAGUUCACAAUUAUUGAGUGGUGCUGACAAACAGAAAGGAUCAGUUCAUCCCUUUUUAUGCCAGAAAAUCCUCGCUGCACUGAGUGAUGAUCCAGAAGAUGAUUAUGCUCCAGUAUAUUGUAAGAUGCUAUCAGACAUUGAUGCAAAUGACUGGACGGAUAUUACACAGAUAAAUGCUUUGAUUAUUGAUACUGAUGAUGUGAUUGAUCUCUACAGCGAUACAGAAGAAACUCGAGGAUAUAUUCGAUCGUUAGGGUCAUUUUCCAAGAAAUUGCGAAAAAGGAUUGCCAGUUUGGAAGCGCUGAUUUCAGCAAGGAAGCAUGGUGACAGCGAAUCCGUAGAUGAGCAUGAGGAUGAUGAUGAAAGUGAAAUUUUAAAGAUUUCGAAACUUGUACUUCGAGAAAGUAACAAAGCAAAUGGUUGUAAGCCCAAAGCAAACAAACAAAGCAAAAGAAAAGUAUGUACUGAUUCGAAGCCCAAAAACUCGGCUAAGCCGAGAUUUGCGAAAUCGAAGACUGUUCCAAGUGACAUGAAAGCAUUACUGCAAGAGGAUAUAGAUCAAAACAGAAUUGAUCAAUUUUCGAGUGAUAAUGAGAUGGUAUUCAGAAAUGAACCAAAGCUUAUUCCUGUUACACCUGUUACACCAGGUAUACAGCGUCAAAGACCUAUACUGGCUCGUACGGUAAAAACUGCUCAGAAAUUUAUAAAAGACGAUUCAUCUGAUGAAGAGAAAUAA